UCAGCGACAAAGUCAUGUAUAGUGGGGUCCAUGUUUGCGAUUUCUGCAUACACGGUUAGCGAUAUUAAACAGCUCAAUACACCAUCGUAUACAGAUGUGUGAGCCAUCCUAAGCACAUAAAUGGAACAUUUGAAACAUGCUCCUCGGCGAAUCUUAGCAGGAUUUACUGCCUAAAAUCGAGAGUUUUUGUGCUGAUACUCUAGUAUUAUCAAAUUUUCUCAGACUCAGUUUGAGUUAUGGAAAAUAUGAAAACGCCAUUCGAUAGAGCGCGUCAAGUUGUACUCGGAACACGAGUGGAACACUUGGAACAUGCUCCUGAGCGAAUCUUGGCGGGUUUUAGUAGAUGGAUGCAAAAUGACCUACGGUGAAAAUCUAGUAUUUUCUGAUUUUCUUGGAUUUGGUUUGAGCUAUCGGGAAUCGGAAUAUACCAUUCGAUAGAGCUCAUCGAGUUGUACUCGGAACACCAGUGGAAUGUUUGGAACAUGUUUCUGGGCGAAUCUUGGCGGGUUUUACUGCAUAAAAUCCAGGAUUUUUAUGGUGAUACACUAGUAUUUUUAAAUGUUCUCAGACUUAGUUUGAAUUAUGGAAAAUCUGAACACGCCAUUCGAUAGAGCGCGUCAAGUUGUACUCGGAACACGAAUGAAACACUUGGAACAUGCUCCUGAGCGAAUCUUGGCGGGUUUUAGUGGAUGGAUGCAAAAUCACCUAUGGUGAAAAUCUAGUAUUUUCUGAUUUUCGUGGACGGUGUUUUAGCUAUCGGGAAUCGGAAUACACCAUUCGAUAGAGCUCAUCGAGUUGUACUUGGAACACACCUUGGGACAGUUGGAACAUGUUCCUGGGCGAAUCUUGGCGGGAUUUACUCAAAUCUGGUGCUAACUUCACCUACGUCUAUUUCAAUCGUCUUGCAAGCAUAUUCUUGCGAGAUGAUUAAAAAAGAUAGAUAAAAUUUUAUGUAGAAUCAAGUUUGUCUUUCAAUUGCUACUUAUAAAUUUUUCUAUGAGAUUAUGUAUUUUUUCGUAACUCAAAUUGAGAUAGAGAUUAUAUAUAAAUGUAUUUAUCUAAUUUAUAUACAAUCACGUAUCUCAAAUAUAAGUUUGCCUCCAUAAUUAACAGGUGAAACAAGUUGUACAUGUUAUAUAUUGAAAUAAAUAAAAAAAAAGAAACAACCUUUAUCUUCAAUAGUUGUUCUUAAAUAUAUGUAUACUAUCAUCACUAUAUAAAUUAUUUUUUCUCAAAGAAGAUACUCAACAUCUGUAUGUGUGAUUUAAUUAAAAUUUGUUUCUUUCAUCUUUUUCGUGAAUUUUCUUUUCAAAAGAAGAUAUUAAUAAAGAUCGUGUGCAAGACUACGCUGUUAUAACUCAAAGAAAAAAAAAGGAAAAGUCAUCGAAAAAUGUUAUUUCGGAAUUGGUCAUCAACAUCCGACAUCAAAUUUAAGACUUCAUUCGAUAACUAAUUGGGUAGCUUACUGAAUUGAAAAUAAAAAAUACAUUUUUGUAGGUGAUUUCAACUUAAUAUAGGCAGUUCAAUAUGUCAAUAAACUUUGGUGUUUUUUAUUGAAAAAUUCCUCAGCAGAAUGACAAAUUUAUAUGCUUGAAGUUCGCAUGAAAAUGAAAAUGCGUAGUGCUUAAUUGAUGAUAUUGAAAUUCUUCAAGUUAACGGAUUACGAAUUAAAUUCAUAGCGAGAGAAAUUUUCUUAUUUUGAGGAGUAAAUGAACAUAAAACUAAACUGUAGAAAUAAGUGUUCAAUACUAAAUACAUAUAACUUUUUUUUCGUUCUGUCCGUUUAUUCUGUUAAUAUAUAGAAAGGGAUCAAAGGAAAAAAAUAUAUUCACAAAUGAUGGAAGAAAUGACAGAAAAGAAAGGAAGGGCGGCUACUUUCAAUGUAAACUAGUUUUUUAUUAUUUUCUCAAAAACUAAGAGUUGUUCAAGAAAGGGGGUAGUAUAUUUGGAAUCUUUAUAAAAUUCUGAAUCGAAUGAUGUAUACUGUUUUCUUGUAAACCACCCCCAAGAAAAUCGACUCGAUUUGCUAUGAUAUCGAUGCAAAUAGAACAGUUUUUCACAAUUAGUUGGUUUUAUUACCGGAAUUUGUAUUUCCUAAUUAAAAUAGGCAAUUGUACCUUUGCAGGUACUGAAUUGUUAAUUUCAUUGGAAAAAUCAGUGCUGCAUGCUUGAAAAUUCGAAUUAUUGGAACUGAGGACUUUAAACUAGAUAGUUGUGAAAAAUUGCUUUAUUUACAUCAAUAUUGUAUCAUAGAUAAUAUGUGUUUUGAUUUCUUCUUUUUAUUACCGUGAGUGGCAACUAAAAAUUAUCUGUGAAACGCUUUAUAUAUAUUUUUCUCACUUGUCAACAGAUAACGUUGCUUUUGUGAAGUGAAUAAUAAUACUUAAUAGAAGUAUUUGUUAAUAUUAUUCGUAUGAAAAUUAAAUUUGCAUAAAGUUCUACUACUAACCAAAAUAUCAGCUGAUUUAAUUGAACCGAGACAGAGUUAUUCAAUUUUUUUAUCGUAAAGCAACUCAUGGACCACCCUGUAUAUUAAAAUAUCGUAUCAACUGUUGAUAGAAAUUUUUAUGAACUUUCAUUUUUUUCUAUUUUUUCCAGUUCAGAUUAUUCUAUUGGCCCAUUAGAUGUUAUGCAAGUUCCAACUGUACAUUCAAAAAAAAGGCGAAUAUUAUAAGUAAUUAUGAAUUAUGUAUAUGACUCAUCUUGAAAAAAAGAUUUUUGAUAGUAUGAGGAAGAAUUUCUGUUGGAUUUUUUCGCCAGUACUUAGCACCGUUAACAUCGCAAUCUCAAUUGGGACUGGAACCCGCAAAACCGUUCUAAAAAAAACGAAUCAUUUUUUCUUCUUCACAUAAAUUUAGUUGGAUUUGGAAUACGCUAAAAAUAUUCAAAAGAGUUUUUAGAAAUAAAUUUAUCUAUAGGAAUAAAGUCUUAGAAAACCUAUGAAUUUAUCGAUUUAAGAAAGAGUUUGCAUAAUCCAGUCAGAUUACAGUAUAAAUAAAAUUCAUUUUAAUGUUUUCUCAAGAUUUGUUUUUGUUACUAUCACAUCGACGAGUCUGCUUGAAAGUCCAAGGAAAAUAAUUCUACAUCAUAUGCCAUCGAUUAUAAUAUUUAGAUAAGAUAUUUAGAUUUUAAUUUCAUUAGUAUUUACAACAAAUAAAUACACUUUAAUAUCAUAAUUAGAGAAGAAAAAUGUAGCGAAAUGCUCCUUUGAUUUAAAAAAUCACUUGUCGGACAUCGCUGCUCAUCUAUAAAUAGUAUAAACGACUAGUAAAAAUCUUUUGUUUUUAAUUUCAUUAAUCAUUCGAUGUUUCCACGUAUACACUAAGUUAAAAUGUGUCGCAAGUGUCGUGUUUUGCGACACAUUGUACGGCACAUUAAAGUGCAACACAAGGAGCUCACUGCGACACAUUUUCUCCCGCAGGACCACGACACAUUUCGUACGACACAUGCGACACAUUUUCUAUUGGUCCUUUUGGAAAAUCAUAUUUCGAUGUUUUUUUUUCAAUUUAAUUCCAUUUAAUUAUUCCUAUUCUGAAAACUCAAGCUGGUCAGAUCCUGGGAUCUGUCCAAUCUCGAGUUGAUCUGAUUUGUAUCAGACCGCUUUAGAGUAGUCCUCUCACGAUCAUAGAUCGAGAUUGGCAUUUUCUCGAUAAAAAGAAAUAAUCGAGAAAUAAUCUAGAAAAUAAAAAUAAUUUGAAAUUUCUUUUUCUAUGUUAAACCACGUUGUUUAUAUAUGACCAUGUGUGCAUAAUAAAACGGUGGACGAAUAGUCAGCAGACAGAACGCGACAAAUUCGUAUACGACACAUUCUAAGCACGACACAUUUUUCUGCUGGAGUGUGCGACACAAUAAUUCACGACAUAUAAACACGACACAUUUUUAAUUUUCAUAUAUGAAAAAUGAACAAAAUAUACCGAAAAUACUUAGUAAAUAGUAAAAACAAUUACACAUAUACUAGCUAUUAGAUUUUUGACCCAUGACUCAACAUCCCCAUGUUCUCAUUAUUAGAAAAUUUAUGGUGAAAAUUUAUCCUCAUUCAAGAGAAAUAAGCAAAAUAUUCAUUUCAAUAAGAAUCUUUUUACUUUUAGAUUUGAACGAUGUUUCAUAUGAGAAGAUUAUAAAAAAAGAAACGUUAUUGAAAAGUCAUUUGCAAUAUAUCCAUAGUAUUAUUUUACUAGUGCUAUGAGAAAUUGGAAUUAAGUAGAAAAUAAUUCUUGUUUCUCUAACAUUGCGUUCGAUUUAUUGAAACCUAAUUAGUAAAUUUAAAUAUUUUCUAGGCCGAUUAUGACAAAUUCAACGAAUGUUGAUCAUGAAUGAGCAAUAAGAAUUGGUGAAUUACAUAUGAAUACAAAAAGAAAAUGUACAACUGAACUUGAAAAUCAAAUGGUUGCUAUUCGUGCCGAAGAAAAACGGAAGGAUGAAGAAGGCAAAACCAGCAUGCAUUAAGAUCAACUUAUUCAACCGUUUCUUUAUCCUUUAGCAUUAGCUGCACUUGAAGCAGCAGCAACAGCAGCAGCAACAGCAGCAGCAACAGCAGCAGCAACAGCAGCAGUAGCAGCAGCAGCAGCAGAAGCAACAGCAGCAGCAACAGCAACAGCAACAGCAACAGCAACAGCAGCAACAGCAGAAACAACAGCAGCAGCAACAGCAGUAACAACAGCGCAACAGCAAGUAGAAAAGAAAAGGAAUGAAGUGAAAAGAAAAUAUGGUUCUGAAUAA